CCCGAUGUACCGUGCAAAGAAGCUAGGACGGAUCGACUGCACUGUCCAGAGAGAAGAAACAAAGGAAUAAAGGACAUUGAGAGUAUGGUUCUUUAAGUUCUGUAUUCACAGUUUCAGAACUUCACAAAGGUUUGCAGCGUGCAGGAAAUCCUGGGAAGAUAUACUGUGUACUUGUAGCUAUUUUGCUGCUAAGAAGGGCCAUCAUAUCCAUUCUACUAAGACUGAACUCAGUGGUAAUUCUUUCUCCACGCUGAUACUAGAGCUUUUAUUCUUCAGUGUAUGCAGUGUGUCAGCAGGACUAAACCAGGACAGUCUCCUGAACGUGGGAUUCCAGAGAAGGCACCUUCUGUGGUUUCAGAUAAUUUUAUUACUGGGACUGAAUCUUUUGGCAGAUAGAUGUUCUGAAAUACAUUGUUGUUUGACUUGAAGCACACACUCUUGCAAGGCCACUCUGAAAGCUUGAGAUGGCUCUGACUUCUCCAAACUCUACAGUUGGGGAUUUGGUGCAAAGAGAAGAACUCAUGCUCCAUGAUGAAAACUGUCAUCAUUUCCUCUCUGCAAACAUCAUCACAGUAGUGGAAAGAUGUAUGAAUUGCAUGCAAGCUGGUACGCAAAUGAUCAAACUCCGUGGCAGUUCCAAAGGCCUGGUACGCUUUUAUUACUUGGAUGAGCACAAGUCAUGUAUUCGCUGGAGACCAUCUCGAAAGAAUGAGAAAGCCAAAAUCUCUAUCGACUCUAUUCAGGAGGUGUGCGAGGGGAAGCAAUCAGAGAUCUUUCAGCGCUAUGCCGAUGGCAGUUUUGAUCCCAACUGCUGCUUCAGCAUCUACUAUGGAGACCAUAUGGAAUCUCUUGAUCUGGUAUCUUCCACUGGAGAGGAAGCACGCACCUGGAUCACAGGGCUAAAAUAUCUCAUGGCAGGGAUCAGUGAUGAAGACAGCCUGUCAAAACGUCAGAGGACCAGAGACCAGUGGUUGAAGCAGACCUUUGAUGAGGCAGAUAAAAAUGGUGAUGGCAGUCUGAGUAUUAAUGAAGUGCUCCAGCUAAUGCACAAACUGAAUGUGAACCUACCCCGACAAAAAGUCAAGCAAAUGUUUAAGGAGGCUGAUACAGAUAGUAACCAGGGCAUGUUGGGCUUUGAUGAAUUCUGUACCUUCUACAAGAUGAUGUCAACACGACGUGAUUUGUACCUGCUAAUGCUCACCUACAGCAACCACAAGGACUACCUAGAUACAGAUGACCUGAGACGUUUUCUUGAGAUUGAACAAAAGAUGACCAGCGUGACUAAGGAACACUGUCUGGAAAUCGUCAGUAAGUUUGAACCAUGCUUGGAGAACCAGAAGGAGGGAGCUUUGGGGAUUGAUGGUUUCACCAAUUACAUGCGGAGUCCAUCAGGGGAUAUAUUCAACCCAGAACACUAUCAAGUGAAUCAGGAUAUGAGUUAUCCUUUGAGUCACUAUUUCAUUACCUCUUCACAUAAUACCUACCUCACAGGGGAUCAACUGAUGUCUCAGUCUAGGGUAGACAUGUAUGCAUGGGUGCUACAAUCUGGCUGUCGUUGCGUAGAAGUUGACUGCUGGGAUGGGCCAGACGGUGAACCAAUUGUCCACCAUGGAUAUACUUUGACUUCCAAAAUUCUCUUCAAAGAUGUGAUUGAAACUAUCAACAAAUAUGCCUUUGUCAAGAAUGAGUACCCUGUUAUCUUGUCGAUUGAGAACCAUUGCAGUGUUGUUCAGCAGAAGAAGAUGGCACAGUAUCUUAUAGAAAUACUGGGAGACAAACUGGAUCUGUCUUCAGUGCGCAGUGAAGAUAUUACCAAGCUCCCUUCACCAGCGAGUCUUAAAGGGAAGAUACUGGUUAAGGGGAAGAAACUUCCAGCCAACAUUAGUGAUGAUGCAGAGGAAGGUGACGUGUCUGAUGAGGACAGUGCUGAUGAGAUUGAUGAUGAUUGUAAAUUAAUGAAUGGAGAUGCAUCUACUAAUAGGAAGAGGGUGGAGAAUAUAGCAAAGAAAAAGCUUGACUCGCUGAUAAAAGAAUCCAAAAUCCGUGACCGUGAAGACCCAAACAAUUUUACAGUCACCACUCUGCCGUCGUCAGGGAAGGUUGGUCAGAAAUCAGAAAUUAAGAAGAAUAAACUUGAGGAUGAUAUGCAAUAUGGGGAAGACUUCAACACCAAUAAACGGCACAGCCGAUCAUUGAUGGGCAGCUUCUCUAAACGGAAGAAAAAAGGAAGCAAAUUGAAAAAGACAGCAAGUCUGGAAGAGGGUGAAGAUGAUUUGGACUCUCAAGGAAAUUUAGCCAGGGACUCUGUACAUAACAGCAGGAUAAGCCGACAGAAGAAAACAAUGAAACUUUCCCGGGCGCUAUCUGACCUGGUGAAAUAUACAAAGUCUGUUGGCAUCCAUGAUGUUGAAACUGAAAUCUCUUCCAGCUGGCAGGUUUCAUCUUUCAGUGAAACAAAAGCCCACCAGAUACUACAGCAAAAGCCAGCACAGUAUCUGCAUUUCAACCAACACCAGUUAUCCCGCAUCUACCCAUCUUCUUACCGUGUAGACUCUAGCAACUACAAUCCCCAGCCAUUCUGGAAUGCUGGCUGCCAGCUUGUUGCAUUAAACUACCAGUCAGAGGGGAGAAUGCUGCAAUUAAACCGGGCCAAGUUUAGUGCCAAUGGAAAUUGUGGCUAUGUCCUCAAACCAAACUGCAUGUGUCAAGGUGUCUUUAAUCCGAAUUCUGAAGACCCACUGCCUGGUCACUUGAAGAAACAGCUAGUUCUAAGAAUUAUCAGUGGUCAGCAACUCCCAAAACCACGGGACUCCAUGCUGGGAGACAAAGGAGAGAUCAUAGAUCCAUUUGUAGAAGUAGAAGUUAUAGGCUUACCUGUUGAUUGCUUCAAAGAACAAACUAGAGUAGUUGAUGAUAAUGGUUUUAACCCAAUGUGGGAGGAGACACUGGUGUUCACAGUGCACAUGCCAGAGAUUGCACUGAUUCGAUUCCUUGUGUGGGAUCAUGAUCCAAUCGGGCGUGAUUUUAUUGGACAGAGAACAAUAGCUUUUAGCAGUAUAAUGCCAGGCUACCGACAUGUGUACCUGGAAGGUAUGGAAGAGGCAUCCAUCUUUGUUCAUGUGGCUAUUAAUGACAUCUGUGGUAAGGCCAAACAAACGUUGGGUCUAAAAGGCCUGUUUCUCAGAAAUCCAAAACAGGCAUCUCUGGACAGUCAUGCUGCUGGUCAGCUCCAUCGCAAACAUUCCUUUAGUGGCCACAUCUUGAGACGCACAGCGAGUGCACCCACCAAAAGCCAGAAGAAGAACAAGAAGGGGUUUCCAGAAAUUGCUUUUGACACCAAAGAUAACAGCUCUGAAGGGGCCAGUGAAGACCAUGAAGUGGAAGACACCUCACAGCCUCGCUUUGAGCAAAUGCCAGAAAGUGCUUCUCUGUCACCAGCUCCCAGAGAUGGUGCCAAUGGGGAGGUACAUGGCAAAGGGUUGAAAGGUAAGGCCCAUUGUUCUGGCAAAGGUAAAAGCCAAAAAUGUGUUCAAGGGGGUGCUGCUUUCAGUGAACCCAUACGGAGGUCCAACAGGGUCCGUCUUCAGGAGAACCAGAGUGAGAAGCAGAGUAUCUUUGCACGCUGCACCAUCAAUGGCUCUGGUAGGAUUGGAGUGGCUACCAAUUGCAUGAAAUGCAUGAUUGGUUCUAAAGAAAGCCCAGAUCUAGAAUCCAAGUGGAGUGACCAUCCUACCAGGCCUAUUGCUAAAGAUAUGCUUCACCAUGAUCAGUAUAGCAGUAUAACUGGAGAAGAGAGGUUAGAACUAAAAAACUGGGGUAUUAAAGAUCAGCCAAGGCUGCAAUCAGAUUUGCAGUCUUGCAGCAGCUCUGGAACUGCUGGUGACCUAAUAAGGGGCACCCAGUCUUUGGUGACUUCAGGGAAGAAAAUUGCUGAAUCUAAAUGUAAUGGAAUGAAGGCUCAUUCCCGGCAGCGGUGGCAGUGCCAAUCAAGUGGCAAGUAUGGAAGCACUGUGAACUUGGUUGCAGCCAGCAGUGGCUCCAUAUCCUCCAAUUCCAGCAGUCUAGAAAGCCUUGGAAGCCCGGAAUUCCCCAAGUGCUGGUCUGAAACUUCUCGAAGGCAAGUGGGCACCCUACAGCGGGAAAUGAAUGCCUUGUUCAUUCAAAAAUUGGAGGAAAUUCGAAGUAAAUCCCCUAUAUUCUUUACUGGUAAGAACAGACUUUCUUCACCCUUCUCCACCUUAGGUUGCAUCAUUGCCUCACCUUCCACGUGUCAUCUCUCCUUAGAAGCUUCUUUGUGUUGUUUUGGUAUAAAGAGCUCUUUUUUUUUCCUGUCAAUGACAGAAAAACAUUUGUGCAUAAGCAUAUUUUUUUCUAGAUCUAUUAACCUUGUAUCUCUGUUUUUCUUGUUUUUUUCUUUUUCCUGUCUCCUUCAUAUCUCCCAAUUAGAUAUCUGCCAGCUCUCAAUACAGAGGUCAAUCACUUCUUUAUGCAGCCUAGAAACUAUCACUGAAGAGCCCAGUAUUGCCAAUGAAAACCAACAUGCCACCAUCUUCUUCCCUCUACCCAUUGCUCCUUACAGCGAUUCUGAAAAAGGGUCUACAUCUGAUCGUUCCACUGAUUUUCAAUCAGAAGAAAGCAGCCCAUACAAUCAGCCUGAAGAACCUCUAUACACUAAAGAACAAAGAACAAAUUUGGCUACAGAAGACCAAGUGCAGGUAACCACAGCAGCAGCUAACAGAAGUGUAUUAGUCCAAGAAGAUGAGAGAGCAAGUAUGGCAAGAUGUCUCAAAGAAGAAAAUGGUUGGACACAAGCAUGCAGUCAUGCUGAAGAUGAGUUUAGUGUGGCAGUGCAUCCUCAACAAGCCUGGCUGGUAGUGGCAGGUAAGACUGCUGACCAAGCUGCUGAGAACUGCCAGAAGCAAAAUGACCAGCCAGGUCAGGUAUUAACAGACGUGAAAAGCAUCAUUGAAUGCAAAGGCCAAAAGCUUGGUGCAGCAGCUGUCCCACUGCAGCAUAACAGUGUCAUUAACUGCACACAGCUAGCUUUGCCUCCAGGUGCAUUCCAGAAAGCCCAGUCUGCACAGGCUCCAGGUGUUUCUGUUUCUCAAACCAGCUCUUAUUUAUUAGUAAGGAAGUCAAAGAGUGAAGGUCACAAGAUGUCAGACUCCUCAGCCUUAAUAAAAAAUCUAAGUAGCCUGUCUCCAGCAGCAGAAGUAUAUUUUGAUGCCACUGUUAAUGACCGGAUCUGGAGCAAGCUAGAUUGCAGCAGUCACCGUGACAGCAUGUCUUCCUCUUCUAGCAUGUCCUCCAAUGACACUGUGAUAGAUCUCUCCCUGCCCAACCUGACUCGAAAAAGCCUCCCAGAUCUUGGCAUCCGUCAUGAAAAUUUGGAGCCCCUUGCUGUUAGAAAGGGUAUGCGCCCACGAUCUGCUACCGCAUCAGGUAACGAGAUGCCAAUGGUGAGCAAGAGCAAAUCCAAUCCUAAUCUGAGGUCUGGCCAGCUGCCAGUGGAUGAAUUAUGCCCACGGCCUCUUGCCAGGUGUUCUCAAGAUGCAUUCUCAUCCAUCCCUAGAAGGCAAACCUGGAGCAGGUUGUACAUGGAAAGUCUCAGACAAUCUUCUCUCAAAUCCAAAGCGCAAGAUAAGGUUGGGAAUAGCCAGGCAAAAUCCAAAAGUCUUGGAGACCUUACCUCUGAUGAUAUCGUAUGCACUUUUGAAAGCAAAUACCGGAGCAUCAGCAGGAGUUUUGUCACUCGAUCAAUGCGGGAGCAGCGCCGCUCCUCAGGCCUCAGACCCUCAGUCAAAUCCCAGGAUGAGUUGACUGAGCAGCUAAAGAAGCUGACAGCCUUUCAGCAAGCAAAUGAUAUCACUUCCCCCACUAGUCUUGAUCCAACUGAAUCUGAAGAGGAAGGGGAGAGCUUGGGACUCCUUCGCAGGUCUUCAUCUCGGAGUCAGAGUAGGGUACGAUACAUUGCCAACAGGGCCAAACAAGCUCAGGAGAGACAGCGGUUGCAAAGCCUAGGCCAGCUCAGUGGGAGUCCCAUUGAGGAGAGAGGAAAUCCAGAGGGAGCCUGCAGUGUUGUAAAAGGUGUUUGUAUGGAUGUAGCUUCUCCUACGGUGUUUACAUCCCAGCCUAAGAACCAGACUGAAAACACUGACACAGAGGUCUUUUUUAUGUUGAAAUUGUAAUUCUGGGAAGCACUGAGUAAGUUGAUGUUUACACUCCUGUCAAGACAAAAUGUAGUGACCUAAGAGGCACAGAAUGUUCGCAUAUGGCAUAAUGCAUCCUUGUCUUCCCUUGAUAGUGAAGAUAAUUAAGAUCAUGACUCCAAAAGAAUAGAUGAAUGUUUUAGACUUGCCAACAAUCUGUGGAAUUAGAACAACCAAAUGAAAUCAAAGGCUGGUAUUUUAACAGUCUUAAUGAUCUGACUUUUUUUUUUAUUGCACUUUUUCCAGCUUUCCAUCUGGCCUCCUUUGUCUGUGACCACUGCUUUGCACUUGCAAUUUACUCUGUGCAAAACUUGCAUUCUUUACUAAUUUAAGUGAUUGCUUCCUACAGGUAGAUAAACAUCUUUAUGAUGAUAACAACAGCUAAAGUAAAUUUUGCUGGAUUUAAAAUCAUGUUUCCUGUUCUGUUUUAUUUUUUGGAAGAAUUUGAGGCAUCUGAGUGUAUCCUCUUUGGAAGACAGUCAAAAUUGCAGUGUAAUUGUUUCCUGAAUUAAUAGUACCUAAAUGAGAGUAAAUAAAGUCCAUCUUCUAUCUUUGUCCAGUUUCUUUCAGUGAAAAAUCUACGUUGCCUCACUCUUUGAAGAGGAUAACUCUCACCAUGUUCCAAAACAAU